AGCUUGCACCCACGUUGCGGUGGUAAAACACGCCCUUACGUUCGUUCAUUGCGCGUCUACACCGGCGACCUCAAAAGUGCAAAAAACAAAAAAAACAAAGUACCUCUCAUUUCUGUGUUGGAAAGGAAAACAUUUUCAGGAGAUCUUUCGCCGGAGUUGAACCUCUUUACCGGCGGACAAGCUUUUCGCUUACACUGUUUUGCUUUCCGUUAGUUUUUAAAUGGCAGGUGUUUUAUCCUCCCUCCCUCCCCCUGACCCCCACCCCUCAUCUCUUUCUUUUGAGUUAUAGCCCUUUGCACACAGACAGGCUGCAUCCCCGUACCAAUUAUAUUCUCAACUCUCUAUACACCCCUUCGAGAGUAGACAACGCUUAGCACACAGAGAGUACCCGGCAAGACACUCCGUACUCUUCAGCUCCCUUGGCCGCAUCGCACUGCGCUUAUUGCAUUGAUUGGUGCUUGUGCUUCUUCUCGUCUCUCUUUCUAUAUAUAUUUAUAUUUAUAUUGGAGAAGAAAGCCAACAGGUAGCCGCCAUGAGCAUCAGUAGUCGCAUCUGUGUAGCGGUGCGCAAGCGUCCGAUUCCGGACCCCGAGAUGGACAUCGUCGAGACGCCUUCACCGCUCUGCAUCGUCAACGAACCCAAGGUUAAAUACGACUUAUCGCGCUACACCGACCGGCACACCUUCACCUACGACGAGGUGUUUGGCGAUCAGUGCAACAACGCCACCAUCUACGAACGGUGUUGCCGGCCGCUGGUGGAAAACGUCUUCAACUACGGCAAUGCGACGUGCUUUGCGUACGGGCAGACAGGAUCGGGCAAGACCUACACGAUGCUCGGCUCUGCCAAAGAGCCCGGUCUGUACGCCAUUGCAGCCCGGGAGAUCUUCGCACGCGCCAACAGCCUCAGCGCCGCCGUCGUCGUCUCCUUCUACGAAAUUUACGGGCGUAAGAUAUUUGACCUCCUGAACAACCGCGAGCGCCUCUUCGCACGGGAGGACGCCGAUAAGGUGAUCAACAUCUGCGGACUGAGCGAGCAUCAGGUGACGGACAUCCAGGAGAUCUUCGACGUUAUCACGGCGGGCAGUGCGUACCGCGCCGCAGGGCAGACGAGCGCCAACGCGGAGAGCAGUCGCUCCCACGCGGUGCUGCAGAUUGAGGUGCGGGAGACGAAGAGCGCCAACGCGCGGCGGGGGCCGAAGACGAUUGGGCGAAUAUCGUUUAUCGACCUCGCCGGCAACGAGCGGGGCGCCGACACCUUCGACUGCGAUCGCAAAACCCGCAUGGAAGGCGCGGAAAUCAACAAGUCGCUGCUGGCGCUGAAGGAGUGCAUCCGCGCGCUGGGCAUGGGCAAGAGUCACGUCCCGUUUCGCGGGUCCAUCUUGACCGAGGUGCUGCGCGACUCCUUCACGGGGAACAGCCGCACGACGAUGAUCGCCACCAUCUCGCCGUCUUCGCAACACUGCGUCAACACCCUCAACACGCUUCGCUACACGCAGCGGGUGAAGGACCUGGGCGGGGGUGCGAACGGGGGAGCGAAGAAGGAGCAGGUGGCGAACUCCCCACCCGCGCGCCGGGCGGUGGCACCGCGGCGAAAGCCUUUUGAGAACGCCGGUGGGGGGCGGAACCGGCCGGAGUGGGUGGCGGACUUCGCCUCCGACCAAUCCCCUGUGGCCUCCCCGGAGGAAGACGAUGACAGCAACGGUGCGGUGCAGCGUCCGGCUGCCAAGCCGCGGCUGCGACGUCUCUCGCAGGGCCGCGGUGGCACGCCACCACCCCCGCCAUCCGCGGUGAAGGUGAAGGACCCGAAGAUUGCCACCAUCGUGCAGCAGCACAUCGCCGCGCUGCAGUCAAACAACGACGAGGACGAGGACGAGGAGGACGUCGAGGACACGGGCAGCGAGCCACCGGCCGCGGAGGAGGUUGGGGUGUUAAAGAAGGACGAGGAGCGGCAGGUGCGCAAGGUGCACGCAUACGUCGUGGAGGAGAUCGCCAAGGCGGAGGAGAAGCUGAUUGCCCUGCAUCGCCGCCACAUCGACUCGAAGAUGACAGGCAUCAAGGAGGAAAUCACGGCAAUUCAGAACUUUGAGGACAACGACUCGGUGGACGAGUACGUGGCCCGUGUGCGGAUGCUGCUGCAAAAGCAGCGUGAUGAUAUGAACGAGAUCUUAGACAUGCUGAGCGGCAUUGGGUCGAUGCUGCGCGACGAGGAAGACCUCUCGAAGACCUUGACAAUGAGCAAGUCAAAGGGCCACUGA